GGGAGAGAGAAAAAAAAGUGCAUGUGCAAGCUCAACUUAGAAAGUUCAUGCAGCGGCUGUGCAGGACGUCCCGCUAAAGGGGAAAACUCUGCAGACGAGAAAAAGCAGCACAAGGCGGCGGACUGAAAGCAACAACCGCUUCGAAGCAGCUUCUUCCACCAAACCCAGAGGAGCGCUGCCCUGUGAAAAUGGGCUUUCCGACGAUAUUUAGCUGUCGUCGGUUCAUUCUAAAAGUGUUUUUGCUUCAGUUCAUCGCCUUUCAAGCAACAAAUGCUCGUCCAUCUCCCAUAAUCAGGUUUCCCGGAGACGAUUCCCCGAGAACAGACAAAGAAGUUGCUCUGCACUAUCUGAAUAAGUUUUAUGGAUGCCCACAAGACAGAUGCAACCUUAUGGUGCUCAAGGACACGUUGAAGAAAAUGCAGAAGUUCUUCUCCUUACAAGAAACUGGAGAAAUUGAUGCCAAAACGGUGGAGAUCAUGAAAAAGCCCCGCUGCGGUGUCCCAGAUGUGGCCAAUUACAACUUCUUCCACAGGAGACCCAAGUGGCAGAAGAAGGAAGUUACCUACAGAAUCCUGGGCUAUACUCCUGACCUGGAUGAGGAGGUCAUAAAUGAUGCUUUCUACAGAGCCUUUAAAGUAUGGAGUGAUGUCACACCACUUUCUUUCACCCGCAUUAUGGAUGGAGAGGCUGACAUCAUGGUUAAUUUUGGCCGCAAUGAACAUGGAGACGGUUAUCCUUUUGAUGGAAAAGAUGGCCUCUUGGCCCAUGCCUUUGCUCCUGGACCAGGAAUUGGAGGAGAUUCCCAUUUUGAUGAUGAUGAGCAGUGGACCUUAGGAGAGGGCCAAGUGGUGAAAGUGAAGUUUGGCAAUGCUGAUGGAGAGUUCUGUAAAUUCCCCUUCCUGUUCAUGGGCACCGAGUACAAAACCUGUACGUCUCAGGGUCGAGAUGACGGAUUCCUGUGGUGCUCCACCACCUACAACUUCGAUGAAGAUGGCAAAUAUGGCUUCUGCCCUCAUGAAUUACUUUUCACCAUCGGUGGUAAUGGAGAUGGCGCGGCUUGUAAAUUCCCCUUCAACUUCCAGGGGGAAAGCUAUGACAGCUGCACCACUCAGGGCAGGGAUGAUGGAUACCGCUGGUGUGCCACCACUGAGGACUAUGACCGUGACAAAACCUAUGGCUUCUGCCCUGAAACUGCAAUGUCAACAGUGGGAGGAAAUUCAGAGGGAAGCCCCUGUGUCUUUCCUUUCACCUUUCUUGGAGACAGCUAUGAUUCCUGCACUUCCUCUGGACGCAGUGAUGGGAAGAUGUGGUGCGCUACCACGAAGAACUACGAUGAUGACCGGAAAUGGGGUUUCUGUCCAGACCAAGGCUAUAGCUUGUUCCUGGUGGCAGCCCAUGAGUUCGGUCACGCCCUUGGUUUGGAGCAUUCUCAGGACCCAGGAGCUCUGAUGGCUCCCGUUUAUACUUUUACCAAAGACUUCAGACUUUCUCACGAUGACAUCCAAGGCAUCCAAGAACUCUAUGGUGUGCCAACCGACAAGCCUUUGCCUCCAACCCAGGGUCCUGUCACUCCAAUGGACCUUUGUAAGGAACCAGUUGUCUUUGAUGCUGUCGCACAAAUUAGAGGAGAGACCUUUUUCUUCAAGGACAGGUUCCUGUUCAGGUCAGUCAACUUCCGAAGCAAACCCACUGGCCCCAUGCUAGUGGCCACCUACUGGCCAGACCUGCCCGCGAAGAUAGACGCUGCCUAUGAAGACCCAGUGGAGGAGAAAACAGUCUUCUUCUCAGGUGAGGAGAUGUGGAUUUACAGAGCCGAUGAGCUGGAAAGAGGUUACCCGAAGAGGCUCUCCAGCCUUGGCCUCCCCACAGACGUCCACCAAAUUGAUGCUGCCUUCAACUUUAGGAAGAACAGGAAGACUUACCUAUUUUCUGCAGACAAAUUCUGGAGAUAUGAUGAAAAUAGUAAAGCAAUGGACCCUGGCUUCCCGAAACUUAUUGCUGACUCCUGGAAUGGCAUUCCUGAUGCCAUUGACUCUGCUUUCAGUCUCAAUGGAAUUGAUUACAGCUACUUCUUCAAAGGAAACCACUAUUUUAAACUAGAAGACAGCAGUUUGAAGAUUGUCAAGUUGGGAGAAAUCACAAAGGACUGGCUUGGUUGCUGAACAUUUACCAGAAUGGUUCACAGCAGGUGAUGACGGUCUUGUGAGAUCAUCAGUGUUUAUCGCACACAACUUGGGGUUGCUGCAGUGCACACUGUUAUGCGUUUUUAUCCUGGCAACUCUGCAUGCUUCUGUGGGACACAUGUACCUCCAGCCUGUAUAACCAGUCUCAGCUUUGUAGAGUAGCAUUUAAGACCUUCUACACAGGCUAAAUGUAUGCAAGUGGUAAAUUGCUUUAUUUCUGUGAUUUUGUUAUUGUAUGACUUUAAUGCACAUUUAAAACAUAUGGACCCCUUUUUUUUAUUUUUUAUGCCUUUUUUUGUUUGUUUGUUUGUUUUAUGGAAGAGAGACAUCGGGAAUGUCUACACUGCACAGCAGUGCUAUUCUGUGCCAAAAUAUUUUGGCUAUUUUUUGAAAAUUCUGAUUCUAAAAAAAAUGUUUUACACCAUAUGAGGAAUGCAUACUGACUAGGGAUUACUUCUUCAUUCAGUGUAACAAAAAAGACAGCUUUAUAUAAAUGUAUCAGUUGUGUUAAUUUUGCCCAUGUGCAAAAAAUGUACAUGCACAAUGUGACCGAGAAUGGUGCUUUUAGUAAUUGCUUCUUGCAUAUAAUCUUACAUAUAGUGUGUAUUUUAUAUUUUGUACCUUUGGUUGUAUGGGAGUACUUAGCACCAUGGAUGUUAGAAAGUAGUUUUCAAAAGCUUGUUAUUCUUUAUUUGGUUAGCACUUUGUAUACGGUACACAAGGGAACUGCCCAGAAAGGAGACCAGCUAUUGUUGGAAUCUCUGUUGCAUUUCCCUUCCCUAAUGGCGCACACAGAUUUACUUGGUAGAUAAGGCACAGGUUGCCUCUAGAGGCUAUAGGUUUGCUCCACGAUGGAACAAUAACAAGAAUAUUGCAGUAGUUUUGUUUACUUCUGUUUUUAUAUUAAGAUUCCUUUUUUUCGGUGUUAACAAUAUAGUUAUUAAGUCUUGUAUUUUUUUCUAAAGCUUGUGCACUUUGAAAAACUGUCAUCAAUAAACGUGGAUAUUUUA